AUGGUUCAGCAGGUUUCGUUGAUGUCCACGAUAGCUGCCUCGCAGUAUAAUCUGACUCAAUUGACGCUUAUGUCGCUGACAGGGAUGCGACCGCUAGAUCUCUCUACCCAUACUGUGACAUUGAAGCCCAAGUUCCCCUUCAAACCAGAAGUGGUGGCUGGCAAAGUCAACCAGAUAGAGCAAUAUAGGAUACGGAUGAACCGAGUAUGGGAUGCUCCUCUGUUGGAGGAGAUCGAGAAGCUGGACGAGGGAGAGAUAAAGGGCCAAUCUAUAUUCGAGACUGGUGAGAACGCGAUCAAGAACUUGCAGGAUAUAUGGACAUUGCAAGUUUCUGAGAUUCCACUUGCUGGAAAGAGAACAACCUCCUCGCAGACCAUAUACGAAAUCACGGUUUGUGAUACGGACGAUAUUUUGGGGUACCUUGACGAACUGGGGUACAUGCCCGAGACCGAGUUUUGGACUAAAGGGUCGCGGUUCUUCUACAACGACGUUAUAAUAGAGGUCUUUAAGAUAUUCCAGGGCAAACCGAAGAGCCCUCAAGCAGAAAAUGAUGAGUUUGCAAUGGAAACAGACGAGACCGGCGAAACAGAAUUAGAGGAGCUCGACAGCGCAAAGAAGUUCUUCGUCAAGGCUUGCAUUAACGUGGCGAAAAUCACAGACGUUGAUAACCUGACCAAAGCAUCAAAGCAAUUGGAAACUUUGAAGACGGAAUUGAGUGGUUUGUUUGAGUUGGAAAUGCCCAAUAGAGUGGCUAUGGACUCGAGGUUGAACUCGCGUAUCGUCUCUGCUGGCCAACAGCCGCGUUCCAGACCUUGA